AUGGCACGGAAGACUAACGAGCUUCUUUUUCUGAUGCUUCUCAUUGUGUGGGGUAGUUAUGUGACUGCGACUAGACAAUUACUAACAGAUAUCCCAGAAGCAGAAGAAGAAGGGUCUUCAAGUUCAAAGACUAUCACUUUCUUCAUGCACCACAUAACGGAAGAACCCAACCCCACUGCCAAGCCUGGACUUGGACUUGGAGGACUUCAAGGCAGUGGCAAUGCGAUCUCUGGCCUGCAAGCCCCCAUUGGAAAUAACAUCAACUUCAAUGGCAUUGGGAAUGGGAAUGGUCCUCUCCCAUUGACUAUUCCAAGUGGAGCUAUCAACAAUUCUCCUUUCUUUGGCCAGCUGCCUAUCUCUUCCACCAACGGAGGAGUGCAGGGCAUAGGCUCACUUAUUCCUGGCCUUGGCCUUAAUGCACCUGGCUUGGGCUUUCAGAACUCCUUUCCCAGCACAAAUAUUAUUAAUGGCGGGCUAAAUCCUCAGAAUCCACUUGGAAGGGAAUCGGGUAUCCCUCUGAAUAAUGUGAUUGUGAUUGAGGAUACUCUCACAGAAGGUCCUGAUCUCCACUCAUCUUCUGUGCUUGGAAAGGGAGAGGGAUAUUAUUAUCACUUGCCCAACACUGCUGAAGAGGAAGAUCCCAAUACAAUGUUGCUGGCUUUCACAGCUAAAUUUGAAGGUUCUGAAUACGGAGGCAGCAGCAUAGAAUUCUCAGGCAAAGACAACAUUGCAUUGGCACAGAGGGAGGUUGCAGUAGUAGGUGGGAGCGGGGUGUUCCAUGACGCUCAAGGUCAUGCUCUCAUCGAGACAGUUUCGGACACAGUGGAUGAGACAGUGCUCAAAUUCACAGUCACACUUACCUAUUAA